UACAGUUAUUUAAGUUCCGCGUGCUCAUAAGUUUUCAUCCAGUGCAGUAUAUUUUGUAAAUAACUAAUUGAAACAUGCUAAAGAAUGUUAUACAAUGGAGUACAGCUAGAUUGCUGUUAAAUGGAGCCACUCGAAGUGAAGUGAGACGUUGCCUAUGCGCAUCAUUGACAAUAAAGGCAAAAGAAAAUGCUGCAUUGGGGGAAUCUGAGCUGGAACCGGCAAACAGAAGAUAUGGGAAUCCCUUUGCACAAACCACGCCCACAACUCUGACAGAUAAUACUACAACUGAAUCAGAAGAACAACGCGACAAGAGGCUUAAGGUAUUGCAGCUGGAAGCAGACAUAGCACAUCAGGAAGGACGCCGUGUGCCAGCCUUAGAGUUCUUCAAGGAUCAUCACUGGGCUCAUGUGCUUUCACUUCCAACCAAAUCAGCACGCAUCAAAUACUAUGGGUUUCUUUGGCAAAUUGAAAUGAAAAAAGAGUCGGAGAAACGCAAAAAGGAGCAGCGUGCCGAGGAUACGGAACGUCGCUUGGCUGACCUGCGCAAGGAGCGUGAGGAAAACACACACAUCAUCUAUGGCUUGGGCCAUACGUCCAUGUUUCUGCGGAUCUACGAUACGACCAUUAAUCAUUGGCAGAAUAACCGCUUGACACGCGCAAUGCAAUUCGCUCCGAAAAUGGUAUUCGAUUGCUCCUACGAUACGUACAUGAAUAAUCGAGAAAGCUCAAAUGCUGCCAAGCAACUGAUGCUGAGCUUUGCAGAGAAUCGCGCGAAUGACGAGCCUUUCGACCUGCACUAUUGCAAUGCCAAUUUAGCGGGUAGAUGCAUGCAGGGCCUUCAGCGUUUCAUACCCACAAUGCAUAAUCCAGAGUUUCCCAUGAAUGUGCAUACCCAGUGCUUCACAGAGCUGUUUCCCAAAAGUCAGCUGGUGUACCUUACGCCCCAUUGCCGUGAGGAUCUAGUCACAUACAAUCCAGAUGAUGUUUACAUAAUCGGUGCCAUGGUGGAUACCGUGAACAAUGAGCCGCUUUCACUGGCCAAAGCCAAACGCUUGGGUUUGCGCAUGGCGCGUCUGCCCUUGGAUCGCUACUUGCAAUGGGGCUCAGGAUCGGGUAAAUCGCUAACCCUCAAUCAAAUGAUAAAUAUCAUGUUGGAUAUAAAGAAAACUGGUGACUGGGAUACGGCACUGCGACAUGUGCCACGUCGCAAGGUCGUCGAUCUGGGCACAGAGCAAUACGAACGUCGCCAAGCAUUCAAUAGGCGAGCUAAUCAACUCAACGUGCGCAUCGAUCAUUUGAUUAAGUUGGGAAACGAUCAAAAUGAAUCUACUGCCAUUGAAAGGCCCCGAAAAGUGCGCCAACACAAAGAGGGAUUGGAAUUUGAUUUACAGAGUUGGGCGACAGGCAAAAGGAAAACAACGAAACGAAACAAGUUUGAUGACGGCGCUUAGACGUACAUCAGAUGCUAUUACCCUACCGAAGUGCGAACAGUCUGGAAUCUAAUCUGCCUGCAACCAUAGCCGUGUAAACACUAUUUAAAACAAUAAACAACCAUUUUAUAAGUUCUACACGUAGCUGUAUAUUUGUUUUUAAAAGUUAUAAAUAAAUUAAAUAGUUUAAGUAAACAACAA